AACUUUUGGUUUUUACAAGCGUGGAAGAUCUAUCCAUUCUAGAUUGGACACACGCCGGAUUUUCGAAACGAUCGACGACUAUGUUUAGUCGUUCUUUUGGUUUUACUGGUUUUAGUUAGUCGGUCGACUUAAGUGUCUCUGUUUUCUCUGUUUUUUUUCGGAUGUUCUGAUAUCGAUCUAGUGUUGCUGCUUCAAGUUGACGACUUACGAUGUCUGUGGAUGGUUUUGUGGGUUUGUAACGUGUUGGGUUAAUUGAUUUUAAGCAAUUCUGGAGCAAUAUGAGUUUGGAUUUGUGUGCCGUUUGUGGCGUUGCUGCUGGACAACGAUGUGGCGGAUGUCAGCAGGUGGCGUACUGUGGAAAAGAUCAUCAGCGAGAGCACUGGAAGAAAUUGCACCGGAACGAGUGUCGCUGCUAUAAGAUCGAGAAAAACAGCACCUUAGGGCGUCACCUGGUUGCAACUCGGACAAUUCGCCAAGGGGAGCUGAUAUUCCGCGAUCCGCCACUGCUGCUGGGACCAAAAAUGGCCAGUGUCCCGUUGUGUCUCAGCUGCCAACGAACUCUGCCGCCUCUGCUGGAAGCUUCAAAAAACAACGAUUUCCAUAAAUGCACCAAAUGCGGUUGGACGUUGUGCGGUGAUGAAAGUUGUCAAUCAUCGGUCUCCGGCUGGCACGCCGAGGAAUGCCAACUGCUAUCAUCCCGGGGCUAUCGGCCCAGCAUUAGCUACAAUCCAGCGGAUCCGACCCGGAAAGAGUCCGCAUACUGUGCAAUUGUGCCGCUCAGGGCGUUGCUUCUGAAACGGCGCCAACCUCAAAAGUAUGCCUUCAUCCGAACGCUGGAAUCCCACAUCGAAACACGUCUGAAGUCACCCUUGUACGGGGUCGUCAAGUCUAAUUUGGUGCCAUUUUUGCGACAGGUUCUGGGCCUUCAUCAAGAGAUCAGCGAGCAGGAGUUGCUGGAACUAGCCGGCAUUCUGGAUACCAACUGUUUCGAGGUGCGACACCCGGAUGGGCGGAUGAAUAUAAGAGCUUUGUACGAGCUGGGGUCGAUGUUGUCCCACUGCUGCCGUCCGAAUACCAAACACUUUUUUGACGACUCCUUCCGACUGCUGAUGGUGGCAACAGUUGACAUCCCGAAGGGCGAAGUGAUCUCGAUCUCGUACACCCAACCGCUGAUGAGUACAAUCCAGCGCCGGUACUCGAUAAAACAGGCCAAGUGCUUCGAGUGCUGCUGCGACCGCUGCCAGGAUCCAACCGAAUACGGAACCUAUGCCGGAUCGAUCAUCUGUCCGCACUGCAGCAAAGGAAAGGUUAUUUCCGCCAACCCGCUGGACUUCCGUUCCGAUUGGCACUGCGAUAAUCGUAAAUGUAGCUUCCGGGAGACGGCUCAACAGUCCCUGGAACGAACGGAAGCCCUCCGGGGCGUCAUCAUCGGUCUCGGCAAGGAUCGGCCCCAGGACUACGAACGGUUUCUCCUGACGCACCAAUCAAUGCUGCCUCCCUGGAAUACCAAUUUGCUGCAGGUGAAAUACGCCCUGACCCAACUUUACGGCAGCCGUGAGCUCCAGGGAUUUCGAUUGUCCGAACUCAAUCUGGAGCAGCUGAAGCGGAAGGUUGAACUUUGCCGGGACCUGUUGGAUGUGGCCAGUCGACUGGAGCCGGGUCUGAGUGUGUUCCGAGGCAAGCUGCUUGAGGGUCUCGCGGAAACUCUUUCCGAGUGGCGGUCCCGAGUUGGACCGGAUCUGUUCAAUGCCGGGAAGCUGGAUGAAGAAGGGCUGCUGCAGGAAUACAAUGACCGGGACCAGAACCAGGACCAGGACCGUCUUCGUCAGCGAGUGAAACACCCUAAGGGUAGCAGUAAAUCGAAGGAGACUCUGUCAUCGCCGGGCGAUAAGCGAACCAUGGCCCAAUUCUUCACCUGGGUACAGAACGAAAUUAAUGAAAUCAACAAAUCUGAUCCAACAAGGGUCUCUAAGAGCGCUGCCUAGCUGUCGCAUUCGAAAAUUCACGGCCCAAAAGUCAGCAACCGACCAGAAACAAAAAAAAAGUCACCCUAAUUGUCUUCUGCUCAACUGCUGUUUAACAUAAAAUAAUCAUUUAGCCUUCAAAAGGAUCUAAGUUUCGGUUUACUGCUGCUAGGCUAAAAAUAUAUCUCUCUGCCAAGGAAACACGUGGAAACUUUAUCGUUUUCCAGCUAUCCUGGGCUUAUAACCGUGAAAAGGUGAAUCGUUUGUUGAAAUUAAGAUUCUGCGGAACCACACCGACGUCGUCGUCGUCACAGAACGAGAUCUGGAUGAGAAAAACCGGGAGCCGGGAGUCGAAAAUAUCGCUGCCAUGGUCAUCAAGUGUCAUGCGAGCGGAACACUUAGGCCUCUACAUUAACCAACUUAUUUUGGGAAUCACGAAGAAAGAAACUGGAAAGGCUUGCACUCUUAUCGAGAUAAUGGGAACUUUUGCUGUUUUCUCUUGAUGGGGUUGACUAAAUUGGUGUGUUGA